AUGCAAGAUCCAGUUGAAAACCCGCGCGUCACGUACCGGAAAUGGCACAGAAAUAAAGCUGCAACAGCCAACCUGGCUUCAUUGCAUGGCGCCACACCAGCACACUUCGCCCUCCCCCUUCCCCUCCCCCCCCUCUCCACAGGCCAGAUACGAGGGAAUGCAGCGACGAUUUCAUGCAAACUUGUGAGCUCAUUAUGCCACUUCGCUGAGCCACAGUCCUUUAGCACUAUCACUAACAGGGCUCUAGAUCAGUCAAGUAGUGUCUCGUCGGCAUCUUAG